UGGUCCCCUAUCAUACAUUUGGAAAUAACAUCAGCAUGCUUUAUCAAUCCCUGCAAAAACCUUUCACCAUUUUGGCAAUUCUCUUCAUUUUAACCUACAUGGAUGGAUUUAUAACAAACCUUCUCCUCUCCCUUCACCUCUCUUCCAUCUCUAAUAUUCUUCUCUUUAUAUCAUUAAGAAAAGAAAGAUUCAGAAUUAAAUUCAAAGGAGCUAGCUAGCUAUCAGCUUGAAGGAAUAGCGGAACUUAAAGAGAGAAGGGGCUCAUCAAGUAGAGAAAGCAAUAGUAAUAUGGCAAGAGGGAAGAUCCAGAUCAAGAAGAUUGAGAACUCGACUAACAGGCAAGUUACUUACUCCAAACGACGAAAUGGUCUCUUCAAGAAAGCUCAUGAGCUCACUGUUCUUUGUGAUGCCGAGGUCUCUCUUGUCAUGGUUUCUUGCACUGACAAGGUCCACGACUACACUAGCCCCUCCACUACAACGAAGCGGAUAUUUGAUCAGUAUCAGCAGACUAAGGGAAUAGAUCUUUGGAGCUCCCACUAUGAGAUAAUGAAAGAGAACUUGGAAAAACUGAAAGAGGUGAACAUGAAAAUCAGGAGGGAGAUGAGGCAGAGGAUGGGUCAGUGUUUGAAUGGUUUGAGCUUUCAGGAUCUGCAGAGUCUUGAGAGCGAUAUGGAAAGUGCUUGGAGGGUUAUUCAUGACCGUGCGGAUCGUGUGCUUACUAAUCAGAUUGAAACUUCCAAGAAAAAGGCGAGGAAUGUGGAGCAAAUCAACAGAAAACUUCAAGUGGAACUAGAAGCAAUGGAUCAAGAUCCAUACGGCUUGGUUGACAAUGGAGGGGACUACAAUUCUGUUAUGGGAUUUUGAAAUGAAGGUCCUUGCAUAUUUGCUAUGCGAUUGCAACCCAACCAGCCUAAUCUUCCCAGGGAAGCAGGCCAUCUCUCACAACUUACCCCUUGCUUGAGUAGUGUCAGCUGAAUUGAGGUUACUCUACAUCCAAGUUGCUCAAAAUUAUCCAUGUAUUGACUGUUACCAAUCAGAAAUACUUGAAUGGCUUUGCUUUUAAGUAUCUGUAGAAUGAACUUGUAUUAUCCCGGACUGCUUCCAUCUUGACAACUGAUACGCUGCGGACGCCUUCUCACUAAUUAUUAGUCUAAUGAUUCCUGAUUUUCAGUUUUUAACAGAAAAUUUUCAAGUUCCUACGCGUUGCUUGAUGAUAUAUGUUGUUCAUCAGCUGGAAUAUUCGUGCACUACAUGUAUCUGGCCUGAUCAAUUUAGUAAGUUAGGGGCAUCCCACUCAGCUGCUGAAA